UAUAGAAUCAGUAUAAUCCAUCGAAGCACUGAAAUACUUUGAUGAGUAUAACGGAAAAAAUAAUCUCACAACAGAUACUGUUGUUGGUAUGGUGAGAUGUAAUGAUAUUCAUUCAACACAACAUAUUAUUCAACAUUCCAGUUUAUCAUUAAUCUCACAACGUUUUCCAGAUCCGUUCCAGGGGCUACCAGGGCACAAUCCGACGUUUCUCAGAAACGUUGCCGUGGUUUCCCAGCAGCCACCAUCAACCGACCAAAUCGACGGAAACCAGUUGGGCGAGUACCCCUGCCACAAGUGCGGCAAAGUCUACCUGCACAAGGCCAGUCGCCGCGUCCACACGCUCUACGAGUGCGGAAAAGAUCCAAAUUUCAAGUGUCCGUUUUGUGCGCACAGGUGUAAACAGGUGGGAAAUAUGCGCAGGCAUGUGGCACUCAAACACACCGACAUUGUCAAGAGUGAGAAGCUAGACAUCAGCAAGAUGAUGUUCUCCAAUUCCUAGAAUGCUGGAGAUGGAUGAAAUAUCAAAUAUAAAUAUGAAUGAAAACGACUUGACAUCAAAACCACUGAUUUAUUAUAUAGUUACAAGUUGUUAUCAUUCAAUAUCUACCACACAUCACAGUAAGUUGUACAUACGAUUUCAUAUUUAUAGCUGCUAUGACGUAGAGCAGACAAUUUUCAACUUUGCUGACAUGAUAUUUGAUAAUAUAACACUUAAGGAAAAUCAUGAUGCUCCAUAGAUUAUAGAAAGUUGGUCUUCGCUAACUCAUAGAGAGCUAGUGAUGAUGUGAUAUCAUAAACUAUAUUAUAAUAUAAUAUAAUAUAAGCACUGAAAUAUUUGGAUGAGUAGAACGAAAAAAAUAAUCUCACAACAGAUACUGUUGUUGUUGAACAUUAUAUUAUGUUCAUUUUUAUGUAAUAUGAGUCGGAAUAUUUCAUUCUCAAGUUUCCACUUCUAUAAAACUAUUACCGUACAUUAUUUGUUACUAAACAAUUCAAAUUACACAGUAUUUCACAGAAACGCAGUAUUUUUAAACGUUUUUGUUCUGUUUAAGCAUUUUUUAUGUUUUUCUCGACUAUUAUACAACCUUUCUGAAGCAAUUAAACACAUUUUU